AGCAUCUUGACGAUUGGGCCGGCCUGCCAUGUUGAUCGUGCUGUUUACAUUGCUCCUGGGUCGCUGUCAAAGUGAUGAUUCUUUGGAAGCUCUAAGAGUGGAAGGGGAAUGUCUGCAUGGCGCGUGUGCAGCAUCGUGGCUUCAAAAACGGGCGCGGGAGUUUACGGAGCAGAUGCGUGUCCAAGACACUGACCAGACAUCCACAAACAUCAGCCAAAGCGACGCAGAGACCUUCUGCGACAGCCACACUGACGGCUCUUGCAAAUAUUUCAGCUGCAGUUCUUCUCGUGGGAAAACGCAGUGUGUAUCAGGACAGUGCCAGUGCCAACCAGGCUAUUGCGCGGUUGGAGGCAAAUGCGUGGAAAACGUUCCCGAGAAGAACCUGUUACAAUGCCCCCAGAGAACUGGGGGGACGUGCAGCUGGUUCGGGUACUGCUACCAGUACAGAGGACCAACUCGGUGUGUUCAAGGAGAGUGCCUAUGUGAGACAGGCUACUGCUCUGACAAUGAUGGCAAGUGCCACCGAAAGAUGCCGGAUAUCUAUGCUGAUGUGGUUCCUAUCAAUGAGGAGAAAAGAGACUUCCCCCCACGCCAGGCAAACAUCCAAACUGCAGUUGCUCUUAGCGGUGGUGGAACCAGGGCCCAAGUGGCCGCAGUUGGAGCACUGCGAGGUCUUGAAGAAUUGGGCUUGAUAAGCCACGUGGACCUGCUAGUCUCAGUUUCUGGAGGCAGCUGGGCUGCUGGCCCCUACAUGUUUUCCCACCAGAGCCCCCGGUCGCUUUUGGGAGCUCCCACCAGACCAUCACAGCUCACCUUGUCGGAGCUUGCUACGCGGCCAGGGGCUGUCGGUGAUGCAGCUACGCAUGACAUCACCGGUCUUUUGGAGCACGCGUUCUUUAACCAUGACGACCCUCAUGGGAUUUGGGUGAACACCUUCAACGAGAUACUCUUGAAGCCACUGGGCCUGGGCAACACGAGCAAGUACAUGGUGUCGGAUGAGCAGAACUUGCAGCGGAUCCUGCGGAACAAUCCUCACUUGUCAAGGGAGGAUUUUAUAGUGCCUGCAGCUAAUCGCCCGCGGGCCUUUGUGAUGCUGGGCGUGCUGCUGGCUCCCCUGGGCCAUGAGUCGAACGACGGCACCGUUGUGUCUCUACAAAUGUCUCCAGAUUUUUCAGGAAGCCCUUUCUAUGCAGGUGGGAGCGGCCAUAUCAACUACGAGGAGGAGGCUACUCACUGGAUGGGCAGCGCAGACAUUCCGGCUGUGAAGCUUGCUGUCGGAGGCGGAAUGGUGGAGAGCUUUGCGUUUGGAAGCGGCACCCCGUAUGGCAAUGGCCAAUCAGGAGGACACCGAGUCAAGAUGCCAGCUCCUGCAGAGCCUUUCAGUCUUGCCAAGGCUAUUGGAGUUAGCAGCGCGGCCUUCUCUGCGAUGGCUUCUCAAUCUUUGGAGAUGAUGGGCGGCCAGACAUUGCAGACACUCAUCCCGGUGACGACAAUGUGGCCUAUCACUUCGAGAAAGCUUCCUCCUCCAAAGGCCGCUGCCAAGUUCAAGAUUGGCGAUGGUGGCCACAUGGACAAUUCGGGCCUAUUGCCUAUUCUUCAACGAAAGGUGCCACGGGUCGUGAUGUUUGUCAACACAGAUGUGCCCAUCAGUCUCAAGUCGGACUUUUGUGAGCAGCGGCCGAUGGCCGCCCCAGAGUUGGGCAGCGCGGCUACCUGGUACUUUGUGGACAAGUUUGGCCUUGCGGCACAUGCAGCUGGCCAGUUUCAGAUGCACAACCAGGUGUUCCACUUUGCCGACUUGCAGCCCAUCCUGUGUGACUUGCAAACUCACAGGCGAGCUGGACGGCCAGCAAUUUCCAUGCGGAAACUGGAAGUCCUAAAAAACAGCUGGUGGGGCAUCGAAGGAGGAUGGACCGUCCAGCUGCUUGUCGUGUACAUGGACAAGAGCCAAGUCUUUGAAAAUCAGCUCCCCAAGGACACUCAGAAGGAGAUUGGAGCAGGUAAGGAGGGGAUGUUGGCCAACUACCCCCACUUCCCGCUGAUGAAGCAGAAUCCGGGUUCUUUGACCUCCUUCACGAGUGUUCAGGUCAACCUUCUAGCCGCACAGGUGGAGUUUUCCACCAAAAUGCACGAAGGCUAUUUGAGAGAGGUGCUACAAGGCAUCCCGCAUGAUCCAUCAUCUCCUUUGCAGAGUGCUGGGUUUGAGAGAUUGAAUCCGAAUGAAAAUCGAGACGAAGGUGUGGAUUCUGUGGCCUCGUGGGAAGGGGCUCGGUGACCCACAUUGCUCAAGGUGCACAAGUUCACCGGCUUAGAGAUUGAAAUCUUUAUUUGUAGCGGUGCAGCUGCUUGGUGAAGCGGAGCGAAGUCCCCGAAUCCGAGCUGCAUCAGUUGUUGCAGGUAACAUAGUCCAAGAGUCCUGAGGCAGACUAUGUCCCACCCAGCCA